AUGGCAAUGACGAAGGCCAACGCUGCGCGUCGACUUGGACGAGUCAACGUGAGUGAAGGUCGUAGAGUGUGUGAGGUGAUUGAAGAUCGUCAGGAGAUCGUGAAAGACAUGCAAUUGGCGGAACGCCGUCGAACACAGGACGAGACGGCGGAAGAGAGCCGUCGAUCGGCGAUCUUUGAGUAG